GAAACGAAAGCGUCUGGUUGGUAAACGGUCUUGUUGUCACAAACAGACUAUAUAUCAGAGGAUAUCUUCAAUUCGCUUCUUCUACUCUCUCCAGGUUAAGGCCUCAACACCAACAAAAGCAGACAUGACAUCUAAAGGUGCCAAAGAGACCAUCGUCAGCAAGUUGGGUUUCAAAUCCAGCAGCUCUGCAUCCAAGGCUGAGGCGGAGCUUGAGAGAGUCAGGAAGGAGAACGCUCACCUGAGGAGAAAGAUUGAUGAUCUGGCCAAACGACACAUCAAACCACCUGACUCAGACAAAAGCAAGCUGCUGGAGAGGAUUCUUUCCCUUGAGACGCUACGGGAGAGGAACAAUCAGCAGUUGCUGGUUAAAGAACAGGAACUUGAUACUAUGAGACAGCAGCUGUCAGCUAGAGGAGGAGAGGUGGUAGCAUCACUGCAGGCGCAGCUGGAGCAGCGGAGGAAGGACGCAGAGCAGAGAGACAUGUUGUUCCAGAGCCUGUCACAGGAGACGGAGAACCUGAAAAACAAACUGACCACUGUUUCUGCCCGCUGCCAGUCUCUGGAAACGCAGGUGACGCAGAAUGGACAGGUACCUCCUGCAGACUUGGCAUUGGUACAAGAUCAACUGAGAGAUGCACUUGAGAAGAACCAACAGUGGCUGGUGUAUGACCAGCAGAGAGAGACCUAUGUCCAGUCCGUCCUUGCCCGCUCCAUGGAGCUGGAGCAGCAGCUCGCCCAGGCAAAGCAGCAACAAACCAAACAAGAGGCAGGUUCUGAUGCAGGUCCAGAAAAAGAAGUUCAGCGGAAGAGCCAAUGUGACCAGUUGCUGGUGGAGGUGCAGAAAGACCUGGAGAGCCAAAAAGAUCAGGUUUCCAGAACCCAACAGGAGCUCAACAUGCAGAGGGAACAGACCUUCAAAGCUCAGGCUGAGCUGAAGUCUCAACGGGAGCAGGUCACAAGGGUCCAGGAGGAGACGUUGGCGCUGCAGAGGAGGUACGAGGUGAAGUGCAGCGAGCUGUCGUCCUUUCUGAUGAAGUAUGAAGAAAAGAGCAAAGAGCUGGAGGGGGCCAAGAUGCAGCUGCAAGCAGAGCGACUUAGCAACAGACAUGCAGCGUGCGAGGAGAGAAUGGUGUCGUCUGAGCGGGCGGACAGGAUGAGAGUGGAACUGGAGAAUAUGGACAUCAGAUUGGAGGAGGAGAGGAAGAGAUCUGCUGACCUUCUGCAGCAGGUAAAUAUGUUGCAGAAGUCUUUUCUGAGCCAAAAUGAAGAACAGAGGAGAAUCGCAGCUCUGGAGCAACAGAUCCAACUCUCUGCCAAGGACUUUGAGAAUGAAAAGAUUGAUCGCCAGAGCAUGCAGCACCAGUUACAUAAGGUGCUGAAGGAGCUUCGCAAGGCUCGUGAUCAGAUUGCUAAACUGGAGUCUGCUAAACAGCCGAAUGCCCGUUUCUCAGAGCCCAGCUCCUAUAACAGGCUUGAGUUUGAGCGUCUUACUAUCGAUGACACUCUUGGCCCUACAUCUCCUUCUAAAGUCACCAACCUCCUGGAUGAAAGUUUCUUAGAGUGCCCAAAGUGUCGGGCCACCUAUCCCACUAGCCGCCACAGGGAGCUCCUGGCACACAUUGACUUCUGCCUUGCCUAAGCUCACACAGAGUCUAGAUCAGUGGUUCCCAGCCUUGGUGUCGGGUCAUAAAAACAUUUUUUGCUGCAGAUCUCUGAAGGAAAUUCAAAUAAUGGAUCACAAACCAAAAAGGCGAGGAACUACUGGACUAGAUCAUAAGAUCAGUUCAGGAUCUUUUAGGAAAGUCUGAAAGGUAUUGACAGGCAGUUUUAGACUAUUCCAUAUGUUCCAAUUUGGAAAAAAAAAAAAAAACUGAUUCCACAAACGCAGCAACAAAGAAAAUUGAAAGGCAUUUUUAAACUCAUAUGGGAGGCUAUUUACAUGGUCUGCCAUCUCAUUUUUUGCUAUCAUUUCGUAUGAACUGCAAAGUUGCUGAGCCCUCAGGCAAGACAAUAAGUCUGAAAUAGAAACUCCUGCUGUUAACGAUCACUGGAUACAAACUGAGAAUGUUUUAAACAAUGAGACAUCAAUUGGUCCCAAGCAUGAUAGUGUGUACAGUUAACAUUUAAAAUAAACAAACUUUACACACUUUAGUCUUUUUAGUAAAUACAAAUAAAAAUGUAUAUUUUUUUACACAAAAGGAAAUCAAGGGAUUGUCUUAAUAUGCUACAUGUUUCAUGUUCCAAUAACCUUAAAAUUAUUCAAGAUUGUUUCAUGCUACAUGAGUAUGGCAGUUUAAAAAAAAAAAAAAACACACAAUUCACCUGUUUACACUUUCAUGGCUUGUUUGUAUUCCAGUUCUUUGCCCUUACAUGUCAUCAGGCCAAAGAUUGAUCUGAUCAUUGAAAAAGACCUAUCGUAUUCCUUUCACAUGUUUUAUGUAUAUGUCUGAGGUCUGCCUGCUUCAUUUUUUGAGCUCAGUCAUAUUUUAUAGUUUUGUUUUUUUAUGAAGCUCUUAGAUAAUUCUGUUUUUUGUGUGUAUUUGAUCAAAUUAUUUAUUCUUGGGUGGUUUUAUGCAUGAGCUACUGUCUUUUUAGGUAAUGAAAGCUUUUAUUUUCCUUCAGUAAAUAUGAGCAAUGAUAAUUAUGUAUUACUGUACAAUGUUCUGCAUUUAUGAUGGCCUUAUGUGUAUUAUCAUGGGAUAUACCUUAUUGUAUUUAAUAUAAAAGUUUACAAACCUACCUAAUAUGCUCCAUUGACAAACCAGCAUUUCCUCCACUCCUAGUUUCAGUAAUCAAUUCCUUCUGUGUAACACUUUCCUCAGCAUGUCUAAUAAUGGUAGCAUAUUUGCAUUGUUCUAAAGAAAGAGAAUUUACCCAUAAUCAGCAGUGGUUAUUUGCCAUCUGACAGUAAUGAGGUGAAAGACAAAAUAAUAGGGAACAUUUUUCUAUGUUUCGGCUUUCUAACAUUAUAAUUGUCAUAAUCGUGGAUAAAACUGCAUCUAAUGUGUCUGCCAUGUGUUACCUAUUAUAUCCGUAGUGUUGUGUUCUAGUACAAAGUGUAGCAGUGUUUCUCUGUCUAGGGUGUUGCAAACAACAGGAGAACGCUCACUGACUGUAACCAUGACUAAGAUCUUUCACUGGCUUUAACCACAUAGUUUUGAUUUGCCUAAACAUACCAGACCUUAAACGUCCUGCAUCAGGGAACUUAAUUUGCUCACAUGUUGCCAGGUUCUUCAUGUAUUCUUUCCUGUUUGAUUGAAGCUCGCUUCCAUCUCCGCCCUGUGUUCAUAAGCCCGCAGCCCUGUAAGGCUGGAAUGAGAUUGCAUGAGUUAAUUCCUUGUACUAAACUAUUUAAGGUAGGGGAUUAGUGAACGUCCUCUUGGUAGGGGAAAAGGGUUAAGGUGCCUUUAUUCCUGCUGCCUAGGCAAUGUGACUAAAUAGACUUAAGACAGACAGACACUGCUAUACUGUCAUCUUUUACAGAGUUGUGUUGUCUUAACUUAGGCCAUGUGUAUUUUUUUUUUGAGUCAUCUUUUUCUGUUAUUGUAAUCAUGUGCUCCAAAGUUGUUUUUAUGAUGCACUGUACUGUACAAAAAUGUGCAAUAAAGAUGUGAAUCUCC